ACCUUUUCUCUUCUGAGCCGCCAAACAGGUCCUUCCCCUAGAAUCAAACCCUCUCCUUUUCCUCCCUCGCAAUCUUUCAUUUACAAAGAAAUCACACUCGGCCACUGAUUUUGUAACCCUAAUUUAAAUUGGACAUUGCAGUUUCAGUUGCUGGUAGUUUUAGGUUUUACUCCUCUGCUUCAGAGGGAAGAUGGAGACUCAAUCGGAUGGCAAAGAAGACACGGUCGUCUCCAUCAAAGACAAGCGUCAGCGCCUGGAGAAUCGUAUCGGUGCACAGCACAACACCCAAUUGGACCUUCUCGCUUCUCUCCAAAACCUAGUUCCAGAUAUCGUCUCUUCUCUUGAUCUUUCUCUCAAGGUCGUUUGCUCCUUCAAUGGCCGCCCUUUUUUCUCCACUCCUCUCGCUCCUCCUAGCACGAACCCUAACUCUAAGGUUUCUGUACAAUCCACCCGCAUUUCUUCGCCGGAGACGGCGCGCCGUGGCGGCUCCGUUGAGCCCAAGCCGGCUGUUUCCAACGACGUUUCUGGGGAUGGAGCGGAGAAGUUUACCAUUGAUGAGAGCGGGAGUCCGUUGUCGGUGGUGAGGUCGAUGGUGGCAGUUUGUUUGUUGGAGAGGGUGCCAUUCGCGGCGAUUGAUUCGUCGGCAGUGUUGCGGAAGCUGGAGAAUGACACGUCGGCGACGGCGGCAGAGAAGGCGGCGUUGCGGGAGAUGGGAGGGGAGUCAGGGGCGAUCCUGGCGGUGGAGAUGGCGUUGAGGUCGAUGGCGGAGGAUAAUGGAGGUGUUGAAUUGGAGGAGUUUGUGAUGAGUGGGAAGUCUAGGGUUAUGGUUUUGGGGAUUGACCGGACUAGGCUUGUAAAGGAGUUGCCGGAGAGUGCGCAGUAUCAGCAGCAGCAAGAAUCGAGUUCGGAUGGGAAUCAGAAUCAAAGUCUGCAACGCGGAGGUGGUGGUGAUGUUAACAGUGGGGGUUUCGGAAUGGGAGGGCCUAUUCCUAGGCCAAUGCCAGACAUGUGGAUGGGACCCGGGGAUGCCCAUUUAUCAGGCUUGCCUCCGAUGUUUCCAGGCGCCGGAGGGCCAGGUCCGAUGCUGGGACCGAGAGGUGGACCUAGAGUUAUGGGUUCAUCAAUGAUGGGGAUGCCGAGAGGGAUGGGAGUGCCUCCUCUUCACAGGCCCCCAUUGGGGCCGAAUAUGGGGAUGAGUGGCCCCAAUGCAGCACCAAUGAAGCCGAGAACUGAAGAGGAUGAUUUGAAGGAUCUUGAGGCAUUGUUGAAUAAGAAAUCUUUCAGGGAGAUGCAGAAGUCGAAAACAGGUGAGGAGCUUUUGGAUCUCAUUCAUCGACCCACUGCAAGGGAAACUGCUGUGGCUGCCAAGUUCAAAACCAAAGGUGGCUCCCAACUCAAGGAGUACUGUUCAGCCUUAACAAAAGAGGAUUGUAGACGCCAGUCUGGUUCCUAUAUUGCAUGUGAAAAGGUCCAUUUUCGGCGUAUAAUUGCUCCGCAUACUGACAUCAACUUAGGGGACUGUUCUUUUCUAGAUACUUGCCGUCAUAUGAAGACUUGCAAGUAUGUUCAUUAUGAGCUUGACCCAACACCAGAUGUGCCACCCAUGAUUAUGGGGGCUGCAUCUCUUGCUCCCCCCAAACAAAUGAAGCCCCAGCGUGCUGAAUAUUGUUCAGAAGUAGAGCUUGGUGAACCACAAUGGAUUAAUUGUGAUAUUCGUACAUUUAGAAUGGAUAUUCUAGGGCAAUUUGGGGUUAUAAUGGCUGAUCCACCAUGGGACAUUCAUAUGGAAUUACCUUAUGGGACGAUGGCUGAUGAUGAAAUGCGCAGUCUUAAUGUUCCUGCAUUGCAGACUGAUGGUCUGAUUUUUCUUUGGGUCACUGGACGCGCUAUGGAGCUUGGACGAGAAUGUCUAGAAUUGUGGGGAUACAAGCGUGUUGAAGAAAUCAUCUGGGUCAAGACUAAUCAACUUCAACGAAUAAUUAGAACAGGGCGUACUGGCCAUUGGCUUAACCACAGUAAAGAGCAUUGCCUUGUUGGAAUAAAGGGAAAUCCAGAAGUAAACAGGAACAUUGAUACUGAUGUCAUUGUUGCUGAGGUUCGGGAAACAAGUCGCAAGCCAGAUGAGAUGUACCCAAUGCUGGAAAGGAUAAGCCCACGAACCAGAAAGCUGGAAUUGUUUGCUCGGAUGCAUAACACUCAUGCAGGGUGGAUGUCACUUGGUAAUCAAUUGAAUGGCGUCCGCUUAGUGGAUGAAGGGCUGCGAGCAAGAUUCAAGGCUGCUUAUCCAGAAGUGGAGGUGCAGCCCACAUCUCCUCCCAGGACUUCAGCCAUGGAAUUAGACUCCAAUACUGCCCAAAUAAGGAGUCCAUUUCCUGGAAUGGAAUCAAAGUCCACAGCAGCACAGUUUGCAGAGCCCACAGCUCCAGAGGCAGCCUAUCCAUCUGAAGAGAAGUCAAUAACCCUAGAUGUUGAGAUGAUGAGCUAAGUUAACAAUUACAUCCAUCAUAAUCUCUUUAACCAAUUACCCGAUAAUUCUUGUUAGAGUUUGUCUGUAGUAAGUUAAAAGAGUGAUUCCACCCCUGGGCAAUUUUCAACAUGCGAGUCUUUCUUUCUUUAUUUCCUUUCUUUAUUUUUAUUCUUUGUUUUUUUUUUUUUUUUUUUUUUUUUGAUAAGAAGGCGCAAGAAGACUCGGAACCGAUAUUUAUGAGGCCCAUGAAGUUGAGGCUACCUUACUCAGAUCUUUUGGCAUUGAUUUCUUUGUGAUAACACUCCCUCUUUUUUCGUUUUGUCAUCUACUAUGUAAUCGUUAAACUGGCUACUAUAAAAACAAUCAGGAGUGAGUUAAGGUACGUCUCACAGAUUGUUUUAAUCCAGGUGGAGGUUGUAAUGGUGGCUACC